GAUUAUUGAUGACAUGGCAAACAAAAUUGUUGACGGGGCCUGAUAUGUCAAUUUAAAUAAAAAAUAAAAAUAAAAAAGUUUUCCACCUCAUUCUCUCCUUAAAUCCACCGCAACCUUUCUCUUCUCCUUUCUCUUCGCACGAUCCGCAGUCCGACGAACGACGACCACCACCCUCCUCUGUUCAGGCCGGAGCCGCUCCAGACCCGCCUCACCAAUUUCUUCUACAGCAUAGUUCUUUCCCUCAUGGCGACUAGAGUUCUGCAUCUCUCUCUAUCAACUAAAGAGGCUGCUCUUCUUGCUUCACCUCUUCACCGAACUUGCCAAAAUAAACCACCCACACAUACGACUCCUUUCCCUGACGACGGGUCCAAAAAACCCAAUAUCCAGGCGCUGGUCCCCACCAAUUUCUCGAACCCAUCGCGUCUAUCGGAAUCAUUCGGUUCUCCGAUCUGAUCCUUCGCGAGUUCACGAGGCAAUUUUGGGGCUCACAGAGCCUAGGCUUCCCACCGACGCCAACAUGGCGCCGAUCCUCCCGAGCAGCGAUUUGCCUGAGGAUUUCGAUUGGAGAGAGAAGGGAGUGGUUAAUCCCGUCAAUAAUUAGAGAAACAGAUCUCAGCCGUAGCUGCUCGCUCCCUUGCUCCGAUUGAACUCCAAGCGCCGUUUUCCGCUGCGGCCUCCAUCAGCUAUCUUUCGCAGCCCAACAUAAAAAAACCCUCCCAGAUCUCCCCGUCUCCCUCUUCAUCGCCAUUUUCCUUAGCUCCCAAAUCUUGUCCUCCAUAAUCUUCAAUCCACCUCUCUCACCUCCUUCUCUCUCACGAAUCUAGAUUCAACGCCUCGUUCUCCCUUUCCAGCACCGUGAUUCUCUUGGCGUGCAUGGAGGCGGUCGAGGUAAUUGGCAACGUCGAAGUUGGUGGCGGUGUUGGGUCCCGUUCGAUUGCCUGGAUGUAGGCUCCGACGGUGAGAAUGGGGUUAAUUAUUUUAGUUUUUUAAAAUGACAUGUCAUUAUUUUAUGGUCGAGUCAACAAUUCUGUUUGCCAUGUCAUCAAAAAACUGACGGAGUUAACGAAGCCUGACGGUCGGUGACUAACGGUGAAACGAUUUGUAAAGUUAGUGGUCAAUAAGAAAGAAAAAUAAUUUGGGUGGCAAACAUGAAAGAUUUAUGUAAUUUGAGUGACCAAACGUGUAAUUUAGCCAACGAACAAUGUAAUUUUGCUUCCAAUUCAUAAUCUCCGCCGGUACCGUCCGGUUUCCUCCCUCUUCUCCGAUGAUCGAGACUUCCAACAGGUUCGGUUGAUGGGCCGCCAUGGCUGUGUUCUUUUGGAGAAGGGGAAAGAAGAUUUCAGGAGCUUGAGGUGAGGUUAGAACUUAGAAGGGACUCGUCGAGGACUUGUGGGUAAUGUAUAAUUGGAGAUCCUAAUUUUAUGCGGAUCCCUUUAACUGGGUAAGGUACUAGUCAAUCGACUUGAUUAGGAAUUUAGGUAGAAGGAUGUGUUUUUCCUUUUCCUUUCUUAUACCUGGGAGGCUAAAAGAGGAAUGUUUUAGCGAGUGCAAGGAAGGUGUUCGACGAAAUGUCCAAGAGAGGUGCUGUCUCUCAGGAACUCGAUGAUCCUUGGGUAAUUCAGGAGCGGGAAUAAUGUACGUUGGAUUUCUUCGAAAGAAUGGAUAGUAGAAGAAAUAUCACCUCUUGGCAAAGAAAGCAUUCGAAUGUUCUUCACAGAGUUUGAGCCGUGUGGAACUGAUGCUAGCAGACCAUAUGAGAUAACAACCUGUCAGUUUACUUGUCAGCCUGUGUACUGAUACCCAGUUACUUAAAAGGGAGUGUGAAUGUGAUCCUGUGGAUAUAUAGCUUGUAUGAAGUUCUCUACAGUACCGCCAACAAAUUAUGAGUUGUUUGCAAGCGAGUUCCCCUGGGACACUGUGAAUCUGUGAUCGAGGAUGGUGGCUAAAAUCAGUAACAGACAGACAAGCCGUCAACCUUAACAGUCAGUGAGUUCCAAGGAAGAUCAUUCACAGGUAACAUCAAUUGUUAUACAGGCUACAUCUAGCUUGCUGCACUAUCUGCAAUUUCAAAUAGUGGCAGUUUUAGCUAACCAUUCAGACGGUUUAGAAAGCUACGUAGUUUGGUACCAACUCUGAAGGUACUGCUCGUAGCUGAAAAUGGUGCAUUAACUGAAAAGUGAAAUCAGAAUUCAAAGGCUACGCCACGCGGUUGGGUUGAUGAAACCAGUGAAAAAAUUGUUUUUAAAAGAAUCCGUGAUUGAUACGGGUUAUAACUACAAAGAAUUGGUCACACAACAGGAUAUAUUUUCAGCCGUCUUUUGAAAGACAAAAGGACAAGAUAAACUUCCAGAUUAAGAAAUGAAAGCGAAGGAAAUAAAACUGGUAAAUAACUGAAUAUAUAAUACUCUUCUGCAGUGUUGCUUGCUCUGAUUUUUGUAUUACCCUGAAUACCUGAUCUCUUAGGAUGAGUCGCCUUCCUGCCGCAGUUCUCCUGUUUGUUCUUGUUCUGGGUUAUUUCCAUACUUCCAUCAUCUUGCUUCUUUGUGGGUUUUUGAUCUUCUUCCUUGUGGUGUUUGUUUUACGGUAUGCGUUGUUCUACAUCAAAGAAUCGGUGGUGAAGAAUCAUCAGCGGCCUCCCGUCGUUGGCCCAAUUCUGUUGCAGCUCGUUCACUUUGAUUCACUCUUCGAUUAUCAGACAUCUCUUGCUAGGAAACACCCAACGUAUCGUCUCCUCACUCCAUCCCACAGUGAAAUUUAUACCGUGGAUCCUUUUAAUGUUGAAUACAUACUGAAAACCAACUUCCCCAACUAUGGGAAGGGGGACUACAAUCUGGGAAUCAUGAACGAUCUUUUUGGGGAUGGAAUUUUUGCAACGGAUGGGGAUAAAUGGCGUCACCAGAGGAAGCUUGCCAGCCAUGAAUUCUCAACCAAAGUUCUCAGGGAUUUCAGUACUAAUGUUUUCAGGGUCAACGCCACGAAGUUGGUUUCAAAGAUCACUGUUGCAACAGCAGCUAUGGAGACCAUAGAUAUGCAGGAUAUGCUGAUGAAAUCAACUUUAGACUCGAUGUUCAAGGUGGGAUUUGGGAUGGAACUCAAUGCUUUGUCUGGAUCAGACGACCUCGGUCAGCAAUUCGCUAGAGCAUUCGACGAUGCGAAUUCUGUUACCUUCAGGAGAUUCGUUGAUAUGACGUGGAAACUCAAGAGGAUCUUCAAUAUAGGUUGGGAAGCUAAUCUGAAGCAGAACAUGAAAGUCAUCGAUGCCUUCAUAUAUAAGCUGAUUGAACGCAAGAGAGAACAAAUGAGAAAUGGAGAAACUCUUCUGGGGAAGGAAGACAUACUGUCCAGGUUUCUGUUGGAAAGUGAGAAAGACCAGGAGAACAUGACUGAUAAGUAUUUGAGAGACAUAACCCUCAAUUUCAUCAUAGCAGGAAAAGACACGACUGCAAAUUCCCUCACUUGGUUCUUCUACUCCCUCUGCAAACAUCCCCUGGUCCAAGAAAAGGUUGCUCAGGAAGUCAGGGAAGCUGCAACAGCCAAUCAGAAGGGAGAAGUAACAUCAGCUGAGGAGUUUGUGGAGCUGCUGACUCAGGAAGCUUUGGACAAAAUGCAUUACCUUCAUGCCGCUCUAACAGAAACUCUCAGACUCUACCCUGCAGUUCCUGUGGAUGGCAAGAGUGCUGCUGAGGAUGACGUUCUCCCAGAUGGCUUUAGAGUGAGAAAGGGAGAUGGAGUCACCUACAUGGCUUACGCCAUGGGAAGGAUGACUUCUAUUUGGGGUGAAGAUGCAGAGGAAUUCCGGCCAGAACGAUGGCUGAACGAGGAUGGCGUGUUCAGCCCAGAAAGUCCCUUCAAGUUCACUGCUUUUCAGGCGGGACCUAGGAUCUGCCUGGGGAAGGAGUUUGCUUACAGGCAGAUGAAAAUCUUCGCAGCAAUCCUACUCUACUUCUUCAAGUUCAAGCUGGUGGACGAGAGCAAAGGUGCGACGUAUCGUCUCAUGUUCACGCUUCACAUGGAUGGUGGCCUCCAUUUGCUUGCCCUCCCUAGGCUCCACAGCUGAUGAAGAACACCUUCGGAAACUACCCUGGAGUUUUCAUUGCUGCUUUACAUUUCAUGUCUGUUAAAAAAGUAGUAUUCCUUUC